AUGUCAGCACUCCUACUUUCGCGGACUGCCUUUCGCAGCCGGGCAGUCGGCGCCGGCAUUGGUCUUUCCAUUGGCUCCGUUCUCGCUUAUAGACAGCCGCGUCUGCGCAUGGAUUCUCGCUCCGUGCCUCAUCCCUCGACGCGGGAGGCUGCCACCACCACGCCGCCCAAGGACCGUCUCGACCCUGAAAUCAUUAAGCAGUUGUCCGGCGGAAGCAUCACAGGAUUCCUGAGUGGCCUUGUGAUAUCCGUGUUUUCAAAGACGCUGGUACUCCUAUUGGGAGUUUCUGUUGUUUUGGUUCAGGUGGCUGCAAGAUACGGCAUUGAUCUCACCAAGCAAUUACGCUUGAGGGAACGACUAGGAAACUCGCGCGUCUUGGCAGCCUUGGAAAAGGACCCAGCAUUCAAGUUGUCCUUUGGAUUCUUCUUCGCCAUGUCGGCAUUUAUGAAGUUUCAAAAUUUGUAA